AUGGGUUUCCUUCGGGCCUCCAGUCACCUCCCACAUCACCUACAGUCACCUCCCACAUCACCUCCAGUCAUAUCCCACAUCACCUCCAGUCAACACACAUCACCUCCUGUCAUCUCCCACAUCACCUACAGUCACCUCCCACAUCACCUCCAGUCAGUCAUAUCCCACACCACCUCCAGUCAGUCAUCUCACACAUCACCUCCAGUCAUCUCACACAUCACCUCCAGGCAUCUCACACAUCACAUACAGUCACCUUCCACAUCACCUCCAGUCAUAUCUCACAUCACCUCCAGUCACCUCCCACAUCACCUCCAGUCACCCCCCACAUCAUAUCCAGUCACCUCCCACAUCACCUCCAGUCAUAUCUCACAUCACCUCCUGUCAUCUCACACAUCACCUCCAGUCACCUCCCACAUCAUAUCCAGUCACAUCCCACAUCACCUCCAGUCAGUCAUAUCCCACAUCACCUCCAGUCAUCUCCCACAUCACCUCCUGUCAGUCAUAUCUAACAUCACCUCCAGUCAUCUCACACAUCACCUCCAGUCAUCUCCCACAUCACCUCCAGUCAUAUCUCACAUCACCUCCAGUCAUAUCACACAUCACCUCCUGUCACCUCCCACAUCACCUCCAGUCAUAUCACACAUCACCUACAGUCAGUCAUAUCCCACAUCACCUCCAGUCAGUAAUCUCACAAAUCACCUACAGUCACCUCCCACAUCACCUCCAGUCAUAUCUCACAUCACCUCCAGUCAUAUCCCACAUCACCUCCUGUCACCUCCCACAUCACCUCCAGUCAUAUCACACAUCACCUACAGUCAGUCAUAUCCCACAUCACCUCCAGUCAGUCAUCUCCCACAUCACCUCCAGUCAUAUCCCACAUCACCUCCUGUCACCUCCCACAUCACCUCCAGUCAGUCAUAUCCCACAUCACCUCCAGUCAUCUCCCACAUCACCUCCAGUCACCUCCCACAUCACCUCCAGUCAUCUCCCACAUCACCUCCAUUCAUAUCCCACAUCAUCUCACACAUCACCUCCAGUCAGUCAUCUCACACAUCACCUCCAGUCAUCUCCCACAUCACCUCCAGUCAUAUCCUACAUCACCUCCUGUCAGUCACCUCCCACAUCACCUCCAGUCAUCUCACACAUCACCUCCAGUCAGUCAUAUCCCACAUCACCUCCAGUCAUCUCCCACAUCACCUCCAGUCAUCUCCCACAUCACCUCCAGUCAUCUCCCACAUCACCUCCAGUCAUAUCCCACAUCAUCUCACACAUCACCUCCAGUCAGUCAUCUCACACAUCACCUCCAGUCAUCUCCCACAUCACCUUCAGUCAUCUCCCACAUCACCUCCACUCACCUCCAGUCAUCUCCCACAUCACCUCCAGUCAUCUCCCACAUCACCUCCAGUCAGUCAUCUCACACAUCACCUCCAGUCAUCUCACACAUCACCUCCAGUCAGUCAUCUCCCACAUCACCUCCUGUCAAAUCCCACAUCACCUCCAGUCAUAUCCCACAUCACCUCCACUCACUUCCAGUCAUAUCCCACAUCACCUCCUGUCAUCUCACACAUCACCUCCUGUCAUCUCACACAUCACCUCCAGUCAGUCAUAUUCCACAUCACCUCCUGUCAAAUCCCACAUCACCUCCUGUCAAAUCCCACAUCACCUCCACUCACUUCCAGUCAUAUCCCACAUCACCUCCUGUCAUCUCACACAUCACCUCAUGUCAUCUCCCACAUCACCUCCAGUCAUAUCCCACAUCACCUCCAGUCAUAUCCCACACCACCUCCACUCACUUCCAGUCAUAUCCCACAUCACCUCCUGUCAUCUCACACAUCACCUCAUGUCAUCUCCCACAUCACCUCCAGUCAUAUCCCACAUCACCUCCAGUCAUAUCCCACACCACCUCCAGUCAGUCAUCUCCCACAUCACCUCCAGUCAGUCAUCUCACACAUCACCUCCAGUCAUCUCACACAUCACCUCCAGUCAGUCAUCUCACACAUCACCUCCUGUCAAAUCCCACAUCACCUCCUGUCAAAUCCCACAUCACCUCCAGUCAUCUCCCACAUCACCUCCAGUCAUCUCACACAUCACCUCCUGUCAUCUCCCACAUCACCUCCAGUCAGUCAUAUUCCACAUCACCUCCAGUCAUCUCACACAUCACCUCCUGUCAUCUCCCACAUCACCUCCAGUCAGUCAUAUUCCACAUCACCUCAUGUCAUCUCCCACAUCACCUCCAGUCAUAUCCCACAUCACCUCCAGUCAUAUCCCACACCACCUCCUGUCAUCUCACACAUCACCUCCUGUCAUCUCCCACAUCACCUCCAGUCAGUCAUAUUCCACAUCACCUCAUGUCAUCUCCCACAUCACCUCCAGUCAUAUCCCACAUCACCUCCAGUCAUAUCCCACACCACCUCCAGUCAGUCAUCUCACACAUCACCUCCAGUCAGCCAUAUCCCACAUCACCUCCAGUCAUAUCCCACAUCACCUCCAGUCAUAUCCUACAUCACCUCCUGUCAUCUCCCACAUCACCUCCAGUCAGUCAUCUCCCACAUCACCUCCAGUCAUAUCCCACAUCACCUCCAGUCAUAUCCUACAUCACCUCCUGUCAUCUCCCACAUCACUUCCAGUCAGUCAUAUCCCACAUCACCUCCAGUCAGUCAUAUCCCACAUCACCUCCAGUCAGUCAUAUCCCACAUCACCUCCAGUCAUAUCCUACAUCACCUCCUGUCAUCUCCCACAUCACCUCCAGUCAUAUCACACAUCACCUCCAGUCAGUCAUAUCCCAUAUCACCUCCAGUCAGUCAUCUCACACAUCACCUCCUGCCAUCUCCCACAUCACCUCCUGCCAUCUCCCACAUCACCUCCUGUCAUCUCCCACAUCACUUCCAGUCAGUCAUAUCCCACAUCACCUCCAGUCAGUCAUAUCCCACAUCACCUCCAGUCAUAUCCUACAUCACCUCCUGUCAUCUCCCACAUCACCUCCAGUCAUAUCACACAUCACCUCCAGUCAGUCAUCUCACACAUCACCUCCAGUCAUCUCACACAUCACCUCCAGUCAUCUCACACAUCACAUACAGUCAGUCAUAUCCUACAUCACCUCCAGUCAGUCAUCUCACACAUCACCUCCUGCCAUCUCCCACAUCACCUCCAGUCAUCUCCCACAUCACCUCAAGUCAGUCAUAUCACACAUCACCUCCAGUCAUCUCACACAUCACCUCCUGUCAGUCAUCUCACACAUCACCUCCAGUCAUCUCACACAUCACCUCCUGUCAUCUCACACAUCACCUCCUGUCAUAUCCCACAUCACCUCCAGUCAUCUCACAUAUCACCUCCAGUCAUCUAACACAUCACCUCCAGUCAUAUCCCACAUCAUCUCCCACAUCAAUGACCACAUCGUGCCAAUAUCCAAGUGGACAAGAGGUGUUAACAUCAAAUGUACUAAGUACUUAA